GCCACGCCCCGACAGGGUGCCUUGGAGAACAGAUGGCUUCCAUCACCUGCCCCUCUGCUGCCUCCAUCUUCACGGUGAUUUUGGUCACCUUUGACCGGUACCUGGCUAUUACGCAUCCUUUCCGCUACUUCAACAUCAUGUGCGGCUCAGUGGUCGGGAUUUGCAUUGGAGGUCCUUGGCUGCUGGCUUGUUUGAUCGGUUUCCUCCCGGUGAUGGUGCACAGCUUCCGGGUGGAGAACUACCAAGGCCUCUGCACCUUCUUCGCCGUGUUUCAGCCCACAUACACCCUGGUGGUCUUGUGUGUCAGCUUCUUCCCGGUUUUCUUCGUCUUUCUCUAUUUCCACUGCCGCUUGCUCAAGAUCGCUUCUCUGCACAUCCAGCACAUCCGAGAACUGGAACCCGCGGGCCUGCCGGCCACCUGCCCAACCUCCCAGCCUCCCAACGAUACCAAAGCCUUGCGUACUGUGGCCAUCUUGGUGGGUUGUUUUGCCUUCUCCUGGACCCCCUUCUUUGUGGUGAGCAUUGCCCAGAUUGCCUGCCAGCGCUGUUACCUCCAUGGCCUGCUGGAACACUACCUCUGGGUGUUGGGCGUGUGCAACUCUCUAGCGAAUCCCCUCGUCUAUGGCUAUUGGCAGAAGGAGGUUCGCCUGGAGAUCUAUCAGAUGUGUCUGUGCCUGAAGAACAAAAUCUUCCCUCUUUUUCACUCGGACAGCCAACCUGAUGCUGCUCCCACCCAGCCUGAGGGACCACUCUAUAUCAUCUCACUAGCCCAGCUGAAGGACUGA